AUGCGCAUGUUUUUCCAGAAAAAAACGGUUCUUAUCGUCUUUUUGGCUUUUGUCAUUACAUACACUCUCUGGUCUUAUGUAGACCCUUCCUAUGAUAAUAGCCCGCUCGACGCUCCUCCCAUUGUUGACGACUCGGAUGACCCGACCGCCAAAAAGACCCCGCUCAAACUCAACAAGGACAUUGCUCGGGUACACAAGUCACUCAACCGGCUGGACCGGCUGGCCAUAGAGCAGAUGCUACCGCCUCCUCCUCCUCAAGCUCAAAAUGCGACCCAUUUGGUGAUUGUCCCAGGCCAUGCUGUCUUCAUGCCCCGUCGCAGUGUUUCAGUCCCCGAAGAUGCUAGCCAGCUCGGUGCGCUUGUCGAUGCAUAUGCCGGCGAAUCUCCUCCUGUUAAUGUGUUUUCUGGCGGAGAUGAUGCAAUCCAACAACUGGGUGCUGAUGAUUCGCGUAAAUGGCUAGUUGCACCGUUUCAGCGAGGCCAAACUGCCACGUUUAUGAAGCACAUACAAACAGCAGCAGGUAUCACACGAAAAGACAAAUCAGCCAUUCUUGUGCUUUCUGGAGGACAAACAAACGUGCUUGCAGGACCAUACAGUGAGGGUGCCAGUUACUGGAGUCUGGCAGCGCUGGCGCUGAACGAGUACGAUCGUCCGCAAAAGGAAACUGAAGAUGGCCCCGAGGAAACGUUGGUUAACCGCAUGGUUGUCGAGGAACAUGCAACUGAUUCAUAUGAAAACCUACUGUUUAGCAUUGCACGCUUUAAGGAGUAUGUAGGUCAGUACCCGGAGAUAAUCACUAUUGUGGGGCUUGAAUUGAAGCGUGAACGGUUUGCAAAAGUUCACAGAGCUGCCAUUCGGUUCCCUGCAGCGCAUUUCCGGUACGUGGGGGUUGAUCCACCCGAGCUUUUUGAAGACCCCGGAUCUGUUGAGCAAUCACAGCCUCAACAACCGUCUCCAGAAUCCGAGCAAAAUGAGGGUGAGGAACUUAAUCAAGCAAAUGAGAAACGGGCUCCCGAGGAGGAAGAAACUGCGGAGCAAAAGGAUGGUUCUGCUGCUGGUUCUGCUGCUGCAGAGCCAAUCAAGGGGGCCAAAUAUGCAGCAGCUCUUGAAGGUGAGCGCCAAAAUGCACUGCUUCCAUUUACAAACGAUCCAUAUGGAUGUACUGAUCCUGUUUUGACGGCAAAGCGUCGUAAGCGCAAUCCAUUCCGACGAACCAACCCUUAUCUGCUGAGCUGCCCGGAGCUCUAUGAGCUUUUUACAGUGUGUGCAAGGGACAAUCUUCCCAAGGAAGAUGUUUUUGAUGCUCUUCCUUGGAACAUCAAACCUCCGCAACAAAAGGAAUAG